UGAUCUCGUUGUAUAUUUUACUGUAGUAUAAUCUAUCGAGUUCGUGAUAAAAAAGCAAACGAUUUUAUAUUUAAAUAUAAGCAGGAUUUAUUUGAUCACACUCUCUUUCUAACAAGGAUUGCUUUAUUAAACAUCUCUUCGCUUGCAACGUGCACGUUGUGCUUGCUUUGCUGUCUGCUCGAAGGAAAUUAUCAGCAAGUUUUAUGAUCAAAUUACGAUCCUACUCUGGCAAAAAAGCUGAAUAAUAUUAUAAUCACUGCUAAAAUUAUUUCGUAAUGACAUUUCGAGACCAGUCACUGAGAAUGUUGAUUCAACAGAAUCUCAGGAAAAAGGUACCUUUAAAACCGGAAGAAAAAUUUCCAUACGAACCAAGCCUGUGUAAUUGGGGAAACUAUUUUCAAGAAAGGUUAGAAAUACCUACCGGAAAUGGAGAUAUAGUUGGAUACUUAACUUUGCCUCAACCAGAUAGCUGUUUGUUUGUGCUUCAGCACGGUGCCGGUUCAAGCGCUAUGUCCUUUGGACCUAUGGUUCAUGAGCUAUUAUCAGAAUCAGAACAUAAGGUGGGCUUUCUUUCCUUGGAUCUUCGUGCCCAUGGAGAAACAAGUGUCAAACCAGAAAAGGAUAUGUCUCUUCAGACAUUGACAAAUGACUUUGUACACGCCGUUCAGUACGUCCAAAACAUGUUUCAUCUAGAGGGAAAGAUGAUUUUAGUGGGUCAUAGUUUGGGUGGCUCCAUUUGUACAGAAGCUGCUGUUCAAAAAAGACUUCCAAAUGUCUCUGGUUUGGUCAUGAUAGAUGCUGUUGAAGGUACAGCUAUGGAAUCUUUUAGCUAUAUGCGCAGAUAUGUUAUUACGCGUCCUACUUCAUUUUCCUCUGUUGAAGAGGCCAUUAGCUGGCACUUGAAAACACUUACGAUCCGACAAAGGACUUCUGCAUGCAUUACAGUUCCUUCAUUGCUAAUUCCUUCAGAAGAUCGGAGCUGUUAUACUUGGAGAACAGAUUUAAAUGCUACUUCUCCUUUUUGGUCAGGUUGGUUCACUGGUUUGGAUGACAAGUUUUUAAAAGCAGCAUGCGGCAAAAUGCUCAUUGUAGCCGGUGCUGAUCGAUUGGAUAAAAGCUUGAUAAUUGGCCAAAUGCAAGGAAAAUAUCAACUCGAAAUAUCUCCAGCUUCUGGUCAUUUUGUUCAUGAAGACGUUCCUUCUCAAAUGGCUUCCCUCCUAAUCAAGUUUUGGCAUCGUAAUCAACCUUUAGUUUUACCAAAAAAAUUACAGUUAUAAUCCUACUUUAAUAAUUUAUAAUAUCAUCUUCAUUCACUUUCACUCAGC